GUGCUGCUGUUCAUCUUUGUGAAACGCCAGAUCAUGCGCUUCGCCAUGAAGUCCCGCCGUGGCCCCCACGUGCCUGUUGGACAGCACGCACCCAAGGAUUUAAAGGAAGAAAUCGACAUUCGACUGUCAAGGGUACAAGACAUCAAGUACGAGCCCCGGCUGUUAGCUGAGGACGACAGCAGGCUUCUGCAGCUGGAGACGCAAGGCUGCUAUAACUACCUGUACAGGAUGAAGGCGCUGGAUGCGAUCAGAACGUCUGAAAUCCCAUUUCACACAGAGGGCCGGUACCCAAAGUCUUUAAUAGGGAAGAACUUCUGUGCCUACCUGCUGGAACUGCGGAAUUCCAGCACCUCCUUCAAAGGCAUCCGCAAAGCCUUGAUUGACACCUUGCUGGAUGGGUACGAGAGUGCCCGCUACGGCACUGGGGUCUUUGGGAAACCGGAAUAUCUGAAAUACCAGGAUGCGCUGAACGAGCUGGCAAACAUGACCAAGGCCCGGGGAGGCAGCAGCCAGCGGCAGCACCAGUCAGCAGCCAAGGACCUCACCCUCUCCCCCGAAGUCUCCAACCCCGCCACCAUCCAGGUCACCUACCUGCCUUCCAACCAGAAGAGCAAACGUGCCAAACACUUCCUGGAGCUGAAGAGCUUCAAGGACAACUACAACACGCUGGAGAGCACCCUGUGAGCUGCGCAGGGAGCACUGCUCCAGGGACCUGCCAUGAGCAGAGCCCCUUGCUGGGUGCAGC